AUGUCCGGUCGUGGUAAAGGCGGUAAAGGUCUCGGAAAAGGUGGAGCAAAACGCCAUCGCAAGAUUCUCCGUGACAACAUCCAAGGAAUUACCAAACCUGCUAUUCGCCGUCUCGCACGCCGUGGGGGUGUAAAACGUAUUUCCGGACUUAUCUAUGAAGAAACACGAGGUGUACUUAAAGUUUUUCUUGAAAACGUUAUUCGAGAUGCCGUUACGUACACAGAACAUGCAAAACGUAAAACAGUAACUUCUCUCGACUCUACGACAUGUGAAGUUGAUCCUGAAGUGCUACAAAAGCUUCGGAAAUUUAGAUUUGGGAAACAAAAAGGAAUUUCUGCUUUUAUUUUAAAGAUUGACCGAGAAAAGUUAUUAGUCGUUGAAGAUGCUAUAUAUGACGAUAUAUCUUUAGAGGAUCUUGCUGAAG